AUGAUGAUACUCGCCAUCCCGGUUUGCCUUUUGGCUGUUUUAUCUUUCGCCCAGGCAACUGCAGCCCGGCUGCCGAUCUUGAACUUGCCCUGGGGCACAUGGCAGUCUACCGUCUACGAAAAAGACUCAAAUGUCUACGUCUUCAAAAAUGUGCGAUUCGGAGCUAAGCCGCCCAGGUUCGGCCGGUCCGCAUUUCCAACCCAAUGGGACAACAGCUCGUCGGGGGCAGCUUGCUACCAGGUGAGCGCCAGCGGUCUUCAAGUUCCUCACGAUGGACCAGUCGGCGUCCCAGAUCUUCGCGCGCCCCUCGAAGAUCUGCCCCAGGACGAGGAUUGCUUGUUCCUGGAUGUCUACGUGCCGGCAUCCAACUUUGAUGCCAAUGGGAAUCCGAUCAAGGCGCUGCCAGUCGUCGUCUGGUUCUACGGCGGAGCUUUCGCCUUUGGCGCCAAAGAGCUAGGCGACGGGAUCUCGCUUUACACGGGUCAGGCAAUGAAUACAGCCACCCACAACGAGGUCAUAUUUGUCGCCGGAAAUUACAGGCUUGGCGCCUUUGGGUGGCUGGCCGGUCGGUACAUGCAAAGUUCGGGGCAGCCCAAUGCGGGACUCUACGACCAGGCUCUGCUGCUCAACUGGACGAACCAGUACAUCUCCAGAGUGGGUGGCAAUCCCAACCGGGUCAGCGCAUGGGGCGAGUCAGCCGGUGCCGGCUCGAUUCUUCAUCAUCUCAUUCGUGAGGGUGGCACUGUCAAGCCUUUGUUCAACACCUUCUUGGUGCAGAGCCCGGCCUUUCCGUGGUCCUGGGAUAACCAGCCUCUCGGGACACUUGAUGAGACCUACUUGAAUUUUUCACAGGCAGCAGGAUGCGGCCGCAACUUCAACAUCACUUGCCUUCGAAAUGUAAACAUUGAUGCCCUGAUUAACGCGAACGACUAUCUCUACCACAGAGUCAAGGACACGGGAAUCUACCCGGUGGGGCCGUCCGUCGAUGGCACUUGGGUCCAGACCAUCCCUGCUUUGUCAUUCGCAUACAAGCAGUUCUAUCCCGCCAUCAGUGGUGCCAUAAUCUCCCAUGUCUACAAUGAAUCGUACAGCUUCACGCCCAACGUUCGGACCCAAAAUGACUUUGACACCUUUCUCGCCGAGUUCAUACCCGGACCUGCCCUCGCCACUGUUCGCAGCCAGAUUCGCAGCCGCUAUAACUGCGUCGCCGCCCCAUACCGCGGCGAUUUCAAGCUCUGCUUGGCCGCCGUCAUUGGCGACAGCUCCUUUUUCUGCAAUACGCGCGACCUUUACGGGGCCUUCCCUUCCGUGAGCUACAUGAUGCAGUAUGCGUUCCCGACCGAGGUGGAGGCCGUGCACGCGAGCGAUUUGCUGCCGGCAUUUAUGAACGGCAUCCAGGACGCCGUCGAUAUCAUUUUGAACGCGGAUCCAGACUUUGGUGAAGCAAAGGCCUACGCCCUAGCGACUGACCUCGAUGAAUCGAUUAAAUAUGUCUACCAGGCAUAUUUCGGUGCCUUUGCCGCGUCGGGCAAUCCCAACAGCGGCCCUCCGACGCGCCCGUUUGAUUGGCCAGUGGCCUCGCCUGGAGAGUCGCUGUCGAAUGUUUUGCGGGUGCAGCAGUAUUUUCCGAUUUUCCAGAGAGCGUUUGUGCUCACAACGGACAAGCAGAACAACGCCACUGUUUGUGGUUUUUGGACAAACAUCGCUUAUCAGAUCGUCAACGCAAAGUCCGCUGACGACUCUACAACCCACGUCCACCAACAGCCACAAACCAGCAACGGCGCGAAAUACGAUGAACUUUAG